AUGUCACCCAGCCUAUACGACAAACGGAGGCAUCUCUUCGUCCUCCUCAGCCUCCUCACCCUCACACUCGCCGCCGGUCUCUCAACAGCCGAUGCCGCCGCCGCCACAGUCUCCUUCUAUCCCUCUCCGGAGGCCGCCGCGGCCGCGCACUGCGACGGCACGUUGUACCCGGACCUCUGUCUGUCCACGCUCGCCACCAUUCCAAGCCUCCACAAGAAGCCCCUCCGGGUCGUCAUCGGCGCUACCUGCAACCGCACGGAGACGGAAGUCACUGACAUGUCUGCCAAUUGCUCCUCCUACCUCCAGGAGAGCUCCCUCACCGCGCGCGACCGGCUUGCCGUGUCUGACUGCAUUGAGCUUCUCGACGACACCAUGGACGACCUCCGGGCCACCACUUCCGACCUGGAGCAGCGGCUCUCUACCGCGAGCCGCCCAAUGAUGCACGAAGUCAUGACGGUCCUCUCCGCCGCCAUCACCAACCAGCAGACCUGCCUCGAGGGCUUCGCGUACCAGAAGGGCGGCCAUCUUCGGCGCUUGAUAGAGCCCCGCAUCAACCACAUCUCCCGACUGGUCAGCAACUCGCUUGCCCUGGCCAGGAAGCUGCCCGGUGCCAAUGCAUCGUCCACGUCAACGACGCCUAUGGAGAGCAUGCAGCGGCAGCCAUUCAUGGGGUACGGGCAGAUGGUGAAGGGGUUCCCGCGGUGGGUGAGGCCUGGGAACCGGCGGCUGCUGCAGGCGCCAGCGUCGGGCAUAAAAGCGGAUGCGGUGGUGGCCAAGGACGGGAGCGGCGCCUACACAACGGUGUCGGCGGCGGUCGCGGCGGCGCCGACCAACUCGAAGACGAGGUACGUGAUAUACAUCAAGGCUGGCACAUACAUGGAGAACGUAGAGGUGGGGAAGAAACACAAGAAUCUCAUGUUCGUCGGCGACGGCAUCGGCAAGACGGUCAUCAAAGCCAGCCUCAACGUCGUCGACGGCUCCACCACCUUCCGCUCCGCCACAGUCGCGGUUGUGGGCAAUAACUUUUUGGCCCGGGAUCUGACCAUCGAGAACUCGGCCGGCCCGUCGAAGCACCAAGCGGUGGCGCUCCGCGUCGGCGCCGACCUAGCGGCUUUCUACCGUUGCAGCUUCGUGGGUUACCAGGACACCCUGUACGUGCACUCCCUCCGGCAGUUCUUCCGCGAGUGCGACAUCUACGGCACCAUCGACUUCGUGUUCGGCAACUCCGCCGUGGUGCUGCAGAGCUGCAACCUCUACGCGCGGCGGCCCAUGGCGAGCCAGAGCAACGUCUACACGGCGCAGGGGCGGACGGACCCGAACCAGAACACGGGCAUCUCCAUCCAGAAGUGCAAGGUCGCCGCCGCGUCGGACCUCGCCGCCGUGCAGUCGAGCUUCCGGACGUACCUGGGCAGGCCGUGGAAGCAGUACUCGCGCACGGUGUACUUGCAGUCGGAUCUGGGCAGCGUCGUCGACCCCGCGGGGUGGCUCGCGUGGGACGGGACCUUUGCGCUCGACACGCUCUACUACGGCGAGUACCAGAACACGGGGGCCGGAGCUAGCACGUCCAACCGGGUGAAGUGGAAGGGCUACCGCGUGAUCAGCAGCUCGUCGGAGGCCAGCACCUUCACUGUGGGGUCAUUCAUCGACGGCGACGUCUGGCUAGCCGGCACGUCCAUCCCCUUCUCCACCGGGUUCUGACCGAAUUAUUCUAUCACGGCGAGUUCUGGGCGUGAUGGCGAUAAGCGAACGACGCCCAGAAGCGAAAAGCGCAUCAAAUUCGAUCGUUUUGAUCUCCAUUCUUUUGUUUUUCCAAACCAUCCAUAGGUGACUGGUUCAUUGUUGAUACCUGCACCGCAUAUA